CUCUCGGAAAGACCCGGGCUUUUGCACGGGAGGUUAUUCGUGCUGGCAUACGUUCUGGCACCAAGAGUAGCUCUGCUGCCGUGGUCCCGGCGGGGAACGAAAGCAGGGAAAGCGAGACAGAGAGGCGAAGACGCAAACCGUAUCUUGUUUCGUCCCAAAAACAGCGGUUACUUUUCCCGAGAGUCCAGCGUGAUCAGAGAGAGCCACCACAGCCUUCACCGAGGCCGCCUGCAGUAACGCGAUGCAGCGCUACCUGGAGACGACGAGCUCCGGGAGCACCCACGUAGAUAGUCAUGCGACGGAUGGCGAGGAAGAAGAUGCGGGCUUCCCUGACUGGAUCGCGUUCGGUGUAGUGCCGGUUGCUAUGGCUCUCGGCAUCAUCACCAGGACCACCCUCGCCAAGUGGCUACCGAUCCCCUAUACGGUGCUGCUUCUGCUAUGGGGAGGCAUCUUCGGCGUGUUCUUCACCGAACUGGAGGAGCCUUUCAACCACGCCCUCAACAAUGGCAUUGAAGCGUGGAUUCAUAUGGACCCGCGGAUUCUUCAGAUUGUGUUUUUCCCUAUCCUCAUCUUCGUCAGCGCGUUCAACGCCCAAUUCCACAUCUUGGAGCGACGUCUCGGACAGAUUAUCUUUUUGGCGGGGCCUGGGGUUAUCCUUGGAGCCGGCCUGACGGCUGUCUUCAUGAAGUUCGUCCUCCCGUACGACUGGGACUGGAACCUGUCCAUGGUCUUCGGGUCCAUGGUAGCGGCCACCGAUCCCGUCGCAGUUGUCGCCCUGCUCGAGGAGCUGGGCGUGAGUGAGAAGCUGGGCACUCUGAUCGAGGGAGAGAGCCUGCUGAACGACGGGUCGGCCAUCGUGGUUUUCGAGGUGUUCCUUGAGGCCGUGGAGGGUCACAGCCGCAACUGGCACGAGGUGAUCGAGUUCGGGGCUCGCCUGGCCCUCGGGGGGCCCGCGAUUGGCGCCGUCAUCGGCAUCAUGGGGGCGUUCGUCCUCGGCUAUGUCAUUAACGACGCCCUGGUGGAGGUGUCCCUGACGGUGCUCCUGGCCUUCUCCACCUUUGCACUCUGCGAAGCCACGCGCGUGAAGGUGUCAGGCGUUCUCGGCAUCGUGGCCUGCGGGGUGGUGCUGUCGUACUACGGUAAGCCGCGAGUCUCGUCGCCGGUGCUGCCGUCGCUCAUGGACUUCUGGAAGACGCUCCAGUUCUUCGCGGACACAACCAUCUUCUUCUUGUCAGGGCUGAUCGUGAUCGGUGUCGCCGUCAAUGAGGACCGGGCCAUCAACGCCGCGGACUUCGGCUACCUCAUCGCCCUCUUUAUUGCUCUCUACAUCAUACGUGGGCUCGUCAUCCUCGCCGCCUAUCCGGUGCUCCGAUCCGGCGAGUACAAGAUCAGUGUGCCGCAGAUGAUCGUCCUAACUCACUCCGGUCUUCGAGGGGCCGUCGCGCUCAUCCUGGCGCUUGUCGUGGACGGUGUGCACGAGAUCGACCAGGAGGACAGGGACAAGAUUGUCUUCCUCACCGCCGGCAUCGCGGUGCUGUCCCUCCUCGUCAAUGGUACCACCACGGGGCCCCUCGUGCGCUUCCUCAAGCUCGACAGGGCGUCGGAAGCCUCCCAGGGCGUUUUCGGGCAGGCCUGCUUCGCGCUGGAGUUGUCGAUGCAGAAGCAGGAACAGCUUCUCAAGGAGGACCCCUUCCUUUGUGACGCUGACUGGAACCUCGUCUGGAGGUACCUCCCCCUGUUCACGGCGGAAUCGUACUUUACCAGGCUGUCCAUGGGGCACAUCACACUCUCAGCUGAUGAGCUGGAGGAUAUCCAAGACACGAACGACCGUGCUCGCAAGCUGGGCGACCACCACCGCAGCUUCUCCGAAGUGCUCAAGGCGUGGUAUCGGGAGAGGAAGGGAGGUUUCUCCUACUCCGGGAUUCCACACCGGUGGGUAUUUUAA